CUCUCUCCUGCGUUUUUUCUUUUUCCGCCUUUUCUUCUUUCGAAAUAUACCUGGAAGUAGAAGGAUCAGCUGAUCUUAGAAUUCUUAAUUUGAAUGUUCGGGAGGGUUGACCAGGACUAUUUUGUGAUCAGGAACAGGCAAAACCGAAACUUUCAUUCUUCAACACCAAAUAUUUCGUUGUGUUUAUCUUUUUCUUUUCAUUUGAAUUGUUACUCAGUGUUUUUGGUGAACAAUCCUAUGAAUUAAUGUAGCCUUCGCAAUAGGCUACGGGGUAUUUUUCUUUUGAUAAUUGACCGAAACUCUGGGACAAGUGUGUGGGGAUAUGCACGAGGCAUUAAGGUGCACUUGUUCUCAUGUCAAUAUAUAUAAGGUUCUGCAGGUUAUAAUUCUUUUGAAGGAAGACGACAUGUGCCGUCAAAAUUCUCCUGUACAUCAUUCUACUGAGGAAGACACUGCAGCUGAUGAGAGUCUUCUUAUUUAUUGCAAGCCUGUUGAACUGUACAAUAUUCUCUACCGCCGUUCUCUUCAUAAUCAGCCUUCAUUUCUUAGGAGAUGUCUGCACUACAAAUUACGAGCAAGGCAUAGAAAGAGGUUAAGAGCUGGAAUUGUGAUCUUCAAUUAUAGGGACUGUUACAACGCAAUUCGAAAGACUGAAGUGACUGAGGACUUUUCUUGUCCAUUUUGCUUGAUGCAAUGUGCGAGCUUUAAGGGCUUGCGAUUUCAUCUUUGUGCAUCACAUGAUCUCUUCAACUUUGAAUUUUGGGUGACUGAAGACUAUCAAGCAGUGAACGUCUCUGUGAAGAGUGAUAUAUUGAGAUCAGAGAAUGUCACUGAUGGAAUAAAUCCACAGUCACAAACCUUCUUCUUCUGUGCAAGGCAUCGACGACGUAUACACAAAGAUUCUAUUCAAAAUGAUAAGUGUGCUAACAUACAGUUUCUGGAGUUGGAUUCACACAUGCUGGCUACAGAAGGCAUACAGAAUGGUUGUCAAGACAAGUACCAUGACACCCUGUCCGGCAAAGGUGGGAACUUGUCCAAGACAUCUCCCAGUCAGAAAGAAUUGCAGAAUGGAACACAGGAUGGAGAAAACUAUGGUCCUUAUCAUCCUGGUAGUGGUACUACUGAUUACUUGGAGCAUGUUGCUUCUAGUUUCAACGUUCCAGGUGUUCCAAUUGCCAUGCCCCAAACUUCUAGGGACCCUGAGUGUAAUAAAUCAGUAUCUAGAUGUGAAGCAGCUUUGCCUGCCAAGACUAGGAAGAUGAACGUGGAUCGAUCAGACUCAAGAAACCGUUUGCUCCUGCAGAAAAGACAGUUCUUUCACUCUCACAGAGUUCAGCCUAUGGCACUGGAACAAGUGUUAUCAGAUCAGGACAGUGAAGAUGAGGUUGAUGAUGACAUUGCAGAUCUUGAAGAUCGAAGAAUGCUUGAUGAUUUUGUUGACGUUUCCAAAGAUGAAAAGCAGCUUAUGCAUCUAUGGAAUUCUUUUGUGAGGAAGCAAAGCGUGCUGGCAGAUGGUCAUGUUCCCUGGGCCUGUGAGGCCUUCUCCAAGCUUCAUGGGAAGGAGUUGAUCUCAUCUCCCACUCUAUUUUGGUGUUGGAGGUUAUUCAUGAUCAAACUUUGGAAUCAUGGCCUUCUUGAUGCUCCUACCAUGAACAACUGUAGUAUCAUUUUAGAUAGUUUCAGAAACGAGGGGUCUGAUGGCGGCAAAAAUUGAAGACCUGAAGCAAACUGCUUCAACUUUGUAUUUUGCUUGAUUGUAACAUCUUAUUCAUGUAUUUCCUAUCAUAAUUUAUUAAUUAAUUAUUUUUUCGACUACAUUUAAACGAUUUAUUGUAUCAUUUUGUUAUCUAAUUGAAAUUUGGGGUUCCCUCGCAA